AUGGAGGACGAAGAGAACAACCAGCUGGCCUUCCCGGAUGCCCUUGUAUGUCGCGACGACUGUUGUGGCCCAGAUAUCAAAGUGUUCAGGAAAGCGAAAUAUGCACUACAAGUACUGAACUUCACCAGCAACCACCCGAUCAGUCACAAACACGGUUGCUUAAGGACGCCGUAUCGGCGUGUUGAAGCGCCCUGCAGUGAACCGGAAGACAAGAUUGCCGAUCUACAAUACCUCCGACGGGUAUUCCAAGUCAAUGGCUACCCACGCAACUUCGUCCACCGGUGCAUGCGCAAAAGGGACGAAAGGCCUAACCGCAUGGGCUCCAAAUUUUGGCGAGGGCUUCCGUAUGUCAAGAACGAUUCGAAAGCUGUCGGCCACCUUCUCGCACCACUUGGGGUUGGAGUUACACACAGACCGGAGGCAACCAUCAGGCGUCAGUUAAUAAAACCGAAAAAUCCUUUGCAAUGAACUUCCCUUCCAUACUCGGUGCUGAGACUUCGCCUAGGCGGAGUAAUUUGUCACGGGGGGAGAGCACAUAUGAACACUUACCCCAACACCAGGGUCGGUGGGUCAGAUGGUCGAGCAAUCAUCACACCAACAUCCAACGCACGGGAUGAAAUUGCAGCAAUGAACGACGCGAAUGUCGGCCAUCAAACAGUCAUCACGCUAGAUGCAACGAUCCCUGAUGAAGAAGGGGCAGCCGUGAAUUUUCAUGGGUAUGCGGUAGCAUGGCGAAUGCAUCCUAUAAAUACUGCAGCCCCUUGUGCAUGAACUACUCGUAUCUGCCAUGGUCUUUGAUGAUGGGUUCGAGCAGGAAUCCGAAACGUCGGGUGAAUAAAGCUCUAGUCCCAGCAAUUGUGUCUCCUUCUUCAUUAACGUCAUAAUUUCUUCUGUCCAGACAGUGCUAGCAGUUACUCCUUCGGUUGGGUAUAAUUCACAGGAGUUUUGAGAAACCAUCAAAAGUCAGCAUUCCUCCUACAGAGGGGAGAGCGCCGGAGUAAGUACACCUCCUUGAGCUAAAUUCCAGGGGAGGGGGCUAGGAGACUUAGAGGUAAAUUCAGGAAUAGAAACAGGCACGUGUCCAACCUGACCACGAUGGACUUUUCUCUACCGGUAAUAAUUUCAUGAAUAAAUGCAAAAACUAUCUAAUACAAAUACGGGGGCUUUGUAUUUUCCGAAUAUUAUUAGACUGUGUUGUCGGGCCAGUUCCGCUGAGACCGGGGUGGUGGGGUUGAGGAAAAGAGUUACUGAUGACUCCGAAAUUUAAGAAGCGUCGGUAUGCCUAUUAGACUGACCGAGCCAGGCAGUAGCGACGUAACCUGCUGCAUAGGGGUACUCCUCCCCUAAGCUGCGUCCGAAUUGGAGUCGCUCGGUGUCGUUUUAAGGCUGUGAGACAAAACUGGACGACUGUGCGCAAUUCUCCCAACCUUCACGUUUGCCACUCAACCCACUGUUUCCUUUGACACGCGCAAAUAUUGGGAUUCUAGCAAAAUGGAAUGAGCCUCUGGAGGUGGCAGGACUUCGUGCACUUUUGCACUAACCGUGGCAUUCCGCAAGCACUCCAGGUUCGUCCCAGAGACGAAGAGGAGGCGGUGGUGUUGGUGGGUGGAGAAGAGGGGGAAUAGAAGGAGGUGAUGGGUGAGAAGGAGGAGCGGGAGGAUGAGGGGACAUAGCUCCAGCAUGAGCAAUAUAGGCCGGAAGCGUUGGCUCGCGUGUGUUCCUCUAGCUCAGUCACAUGCGCUGUGUGUGUGGCAUCCCCGGCCCAUCAGCUGAACGUGUUGCCAUGUUUUUAUGCAGAAACAGGGUGAGAGGCGCGACAUUAAGCUCUAGGGCCUGCUUGCAUGGGUGUGGUCCGGGGGCCAGGCGUCAUCCACGCCUCCCUCGUCGCUCCUUUCUGCUGCAUAGGAUAGUCCUGCCAUUUGAUGUAGCUAAUUACAGUGAAAAAGUUGAAAAUAAUGGCCUAGAAGGUGGAGACAAACGCGCUAAGGCGUUUCACUGCGAGGACACCUUGGCCUCUUGAAUGACGCACACCUGGUCUGACCAAUAGGAUGGAGAUAAAAGAGUCCAGGUUGAAGUUGUCGUCCUCACAGGAGCCAUCUGGGCGCGCUCUCAUGCUUACUGUAUCAAUAACGAAAAGUACUGUUGAGUGCGAAGAAUGCGGACAUUUAAAAGGCUUGGUGCCUGUCGCUGAAAGACUCUUCACAACCAUCGACAAGUGAUUUUUCCAGUUAAUGGCAGUUUCACGAACCCCGCUGUAAAUGCAAUGGACUAACGAGGGGCCUAGAUACGGAUACAACAGGAGUUAUUGGGGACGCCCACCCAUGGUAAAUGUCAUACAUUGGAGUGUGGUGUCACGCCUGGGUGCAGGCUCCUGCCGCGCCGAACGCCUGGGCCUUAUUUUAACCUUGGCUUUAUCUUGACAUCGGGCCUAGGUGAAUGAAGGAGGAGAGACCGUGGUAAAUGCAGCACAUGUCUGCCAUCAUUAUAAACUAAUUCACGGGCAAGUCACUGUCCCUGAGUGCACGGUAGCGUGGGACACGCGGUGGUCAUAAUCAGCCCUGUUAAGUUCAGUGCUGACAGACAAAAACCAUGGGGAGUGAUGGUGAGUGUGGACAUAAGCGACUUCUGGGAUCGAUGUUUCGCGCGAGCUGCGACAGUCAGAAACCUCAUCGUAAGUCAGCUAGAAGUAAAGGCAUGAUUUAUACCUGAACACACACCCCAUAAAAGUCUUGAAUUUGAGGACGCAGAAGAAAAAAGCUGUAACUCCUCUCCCUGAAGACACAGUAGCAUCUCUUCUCCAGAUAGUAGGUCGCAUACCAAGGUUUUCUGGCUUGUACUUCGUCCAAUUAAACUCCCCUCCGCCAGCUCAUUGCAUAAAUAAUCGAUACUCAUGGAUACUUGGCGAAUUUAACUUUUGGAAUGAAUGCCAACCCACUAUUUUCACUGGGAAUUAGCCCAUUACAAUUAUUCCACAUUAGUUUCGAAACCUCUGUAGGCUAUGAAGAUAUUCGCUGACUUUUCUAAUUGGUUACAUUCAGAUCGAUGAGAUCACUGCCUGUGGACAGUGCAGAAACUCUAGGGUAACGUGAUACCAUAUCAACAGUACAGGUACUAGUCAAAAGCCCAUACACGCGUGUUUCGCCGACAUUCGGCCGCUGCAUACCGCAGCUGCGAGGGGUUAGGCUCGUCAAUGGGUCCCCUCAACAUUUCCCAUGUGCUUUCUGGUAGAUACUCCAAUUUAGAAAUUGUGGCUUUUUAAUUUCCUCAGAAAUUAUCUACGAAGUUGGAGUAGAUCAGUUUAUUCAAGGUCUAUAGGCUCCGACCGAAAAUGUUAUACAUGAAUAUUUGGGCCAAAGUCCAUCAGCCACAGCGGCUAAUCGCGUAAUAUUCAUUAACUGCCGACAGGCAGCUAGUAGUAUACUUUAGUGUAAGGGAAUACCAUUUUGGAAUGUAGACCAUGGCAUUCCUAAUCAAAUGUACUUUUGAGUUAGGCUGUACUGCGCCAUAGUCUGACACGUCUAGCAUGCCUGUCGCCAUGUCAUUCGUAACAGCAACUCCUCUAAACAGCGGCUCGUAGAGGUCUCCUGAACUGUGAGUAAUAACAACUCUUAAUCCGUUAGUCCCGCUCGGUAGUUUCUAGCCAUUAUCAGCCAUCUCGCUCUAAUUUGUCUACUCACUUGUUUUAGAGCUUAUUUCUCUGUCAACUAGACUUCCCAUUGGUAAACAUAAACAAGACGAGCAUAUAAAGGACGGCUUGGACAACCUUAGAGCUCCGUAUGUUGCCUAGUCUCUCCACAAUUAAUCUCCUUUUAAUAGUAGAAAAACUAUGCAUCGUAUUCAAAGCCUAGUCCAGUUUUCUGCUACUCCAUUAUUGUGUUGUGUCUCGUUGAUUCAAGUAUUCUUUCUCCUACCUCCUAACGUCCUCCUAUGGUGCACUAAUUUGUUAGGAAGAAGGUCGGUCCACUUUAUCCUUCCUCUCCCGCGAUCCAGUGGUAGGGUAGUUAGGUUUGGUUCAAUGUCCGGUACGGUGUGUACGCAAAACACACACAAGCGUACGAAAUAUGUAGUUAGCAGCCCUUUAGACUUGUCGCAGCCCCACAUACCUCCUUUCUGACUUAAGUACCCUCUCUGUUCAAUGCUAAUCCAACCAAGGAUGAUCAAUCAGUUAGAAGGCGUUCUCUGCGAUCUGCGAUCUUUGAGGGAGAAGUGUUCUAUGGUUGUGGGUGACACCCCAACUUCCUGUAUCACACGCAUGUAAUCGAAAUAAAAAGCGUCCUGAUCAACGGCCGUUUCUCAGCUCAGGGUCAAACAGAAAGCUUUGAAGAAGAAGAAGAAAAAGAAGAAGAAGGGUGAGGAGGAGGAGGAGGAGGAGGAAGAGGAGGGGGAGGAGGAGGAGGAGGAGGAGGAGGAGGAGGAGGAGGAGGAAAUAAGCUGUGAUCACCGGAACAGGAAGUUUAAUGGCCUGACGUUUCGGAUUUUCAGUCGAACCCGUCAUCAGGGAGGCUAG